AUGAAGUUUGUCUCUCUCGCCAGCCACAAAAUGGUUCCAUCCAAGUUCGAAGAUUGCUUUAAGAAAGACGGAAAGCAGGCUAAACAGUUAGCCAUAGAGUAUAAAGCAGAAAAGGCUUUCUCCAUCAUCGCAGACGGCAGAAAAGAGCACGAAACAAGCGCUCCACGGCCCACAAAAAUUGUUUCAGCAUUGGGUUCAGAAGAGGAAGUUUAUUCAGUCGGUGCUGACUGUGGUAUGUUUGCUGCCGUUUGUACAGCCUAUUCUCAUCACUAUAGGCUUAGGACAUCGCCAGAUGAUUGGUGGUUCUGUGUUAUCAAGAGGGUUGCCUGUGCUAUUGAUCGAAACUCGUCGAAAGCCUCAGUGCGCAACUUGUUUGUCGAUCAUGAAGGAAAGAAAACAAUCGAAGUACAGGUUGAGGAUCCCACCAUCUACACCGUGGAUUACAACUUUCUGUUCGAUCAAAUAACAAAACAGUUAAAAGAAAACUUAAAAGUGCCCGAGUUUGUUGAUGGAGUCACCGCAGAUUUUGGAACCACCUCAGCUGUACAGAAGAUCGUCUCGCAGAUUACGCUGAUGUAUUCUGUUAACCAGUAUUUCGACUGUGGAAUACUUACCUCAUGUGGCAUACCAGCGGUGGAGAUGCUUGGCAGUGAAGAAGACUGGAUGAAAUUGAGUUCUAAGCUGAAAGUUUUAAGAACACUCUUAGAACCUAUAGAGAAUGAUCUUGGCCUUCGAUCAAAAUGGUGGGAUCUGGUUCAGAAAGUGUUCUGGAAUCUGCAAACCACCUAUCAGGGCAACCCGGAUGAAGAUUGGUGGAGUCAUAUUAUGAGCUAUAAAGAAGCUCAUCAGUCGGGUAUGUACAUUGUUUAAUCAAUUUAUACGAUUGUAAUACAAAAGGCAAAAAAAAAAAUACUGAAGUUGUUAAAAGUAUCAAAACCACAUGAAAAGCUUACAUAACGCUAAGGAAGCAAGAAUUUAUGCUGGCUACGAAACUGGUAGAAAAGUCUUGAGAGAAUUGUCCAUAGACUUGCCAAACGCUGAUGGGCUUGUAAACGGCUUGUUUUACACAAAAAGGAUUGACCGUUUUCAUUAUUGUAGUCUUUUUAUCCACAAAUGAUAUAUACUACUGGUUCAACUAGGGAUUAACAGGUGUUUACCAAAACAUAUCACAGCUCAGUAAGCUGAUCACAAGCACCAGUUUCUACAACGUCGAAAAGGUUCUUUAAUGGAAAUUCAUCAUUAUCUUGGAAGAACGUUCUUUAUGAAGAGUUCGUAUAAUCACAGUCAGCGCGAGUAGGCUAUCCAAAGCUCUUUUAUUUGAGAUUGUAAGUCAGGUUUAAUGAAGUCUGUCCUAGUUUACGGUCAACUCUUGCCUUGCAUACACCCUGCUACAACAGACCUUCCCGAUAAUAGGGACAGCGGCUAAAUCCCCGGCAAAAACAAAUUUCAGACUCAUUGGCCUAAAUAAACUCUCAUUAUUACGGACUAUCGCUUAUGAGGACACUAACUUGAGGUCCCCGCAGUGUCUGCAAUAUGAGGGAGUUGACUGUACUUCGUCUAAUCUAGGGAGUACAUAUUCACGAAAUUAAGCAAACAAAUAUAAUUUACUGAUUUUGUUUUGUCUCUCAGGAACUCCCGCUGGCGGUAUCAAAGGAUGGAUCACAGAUUUCUUGGAGGGAACGCGAUAUGCAAGGGCACUGUGGGGGCCUGGUGACUUUACAAGUGGCGUAGUGGCCGUUCCUUUCACUAUCAAGGACCGGCGUUCUGGUGUCCAGGAUACCGCGGCAUUGGUGGCAGGAAUGCUGGGCUACACUGUUCACAGGAUACCCAACUGUGAUGAGGUGUCUGUACAACCAUUCCAAGGAUGGUCUCUUAUGUUGUCCGACGACUCGCCUUUUUGCAAAUUCUGAACAAACCACUGACAUUGGCUUUAUAAAUUAGUUUAGAAAUAAUACUUAAAAGGAAAGUUAAAAGUGUUUCAGUACUGUAAAAUAACGCAUUUAGCAUUUUUUCAUUCAAAUGUAGGCUCGAUAUUUUUUUUAGAAACGUAGCUAGUGAAAAUAGCAGCCAUUUAAGUGAAAGCCGCGCAAGCCAAAAUGCAGGUUUCUUGAGCGCGAAAAAAGCCACAAAAUCACACUACACAGAAGAAAAAGGAAAAGAAAAUAGAAAGAAAGCAAAGAGAAAUGAAGGUGAAAAACGAAAUAGUCCCUGUCUUGGUUUUUUUGUUUUCUGUUUUUGUUUUUGCUUUGUUGUUUUCUUUGUUUGUUUUUUUCAUUGCCUAUACUUUGGAGACGGUUUUCACCACAGUUGGCCAACAAUGAUUCGCACUUUUUCGGUGGAAAAGUCAGACUGGAAUUCCUAAAAUUCGGCCUUUGAAAAUCAGUAGUCAUUUGACCAAACUGCGGCAAAAUCACGAGAUUAUUUUAGUCUGAAAAGCCCGACAGGAUAGGAAAUAUCGAGUGAUGAGAAGAGAGAAAAACAAAAACAAAAAAUCAGUGUUGCCAGGGCCGUAGCCAGUAUGAGGCAAACCGAGGCACUUGCCUCAGUCAUUUAAGGGUUGAUCCCGGCAGUGUUUUGUUUAAACGCGGUCAUGAUAAAGACCCUGAAUAGCUAGGCGGGGAAUUCAACCGUGGAUAUUGCCUCAGUCCUUAUUUAUUUCUGGCUAUGGCCCUGGUUGCACUCUUUGUUUUUAUAUUGUCUACUUUGAGGAUAGUGUUUCAACGAAAAAAUCUGCUUAAGCGAAAAAAUUCAGCUGAGAAUGCAUGCGUAAUUUAAACUACUUGCAGGCAUCUCCUCUUUCCUUUGAGAGGCUUUUGAAAGUUUUUGUGGCACAUUCUGUUUAUGACAAAUAAACUCAGCUUAAAUAAUAUUAAUAUUUACAACAAUUAGUUAAUAGCGGCUAGAGCAGUCAAGAAGUAGGGAGAAACACUCGACUACAUUGCGUGUUUGCCCGUACAAUUCUUUCAUGCUCUAGCCGUUUCCUGCGUGCUUUACAACUUAGUCAACAAACAGAACAAAGCACAGACAGUCAAGGUUUAUUUAUUUGUUAAACUUUUUGUAUUACUCAUUACUUUCCGAAUUAACGCG